AUGGGGUUGGAGCCGUUGCCAUAUCGCAUGAGAAAAAACUAUGAAUACCAGUACUUUGGAAGGUACUGGACGUUGAAUUUUUUCUGCAAUCCAACAGGCCUGCUCGCCAUAAAGGCUGACCUUGCAUCGGAUGCAGAAAUUAUUAGACACCGACUGAUUAAAAGGGCUACCAAGCUCCCCGAUUUGCUUCGGGCAAACAUCUGCUAA